AGGAUGGAAUGAUGUUCGCAGUGACGCGUCGCCAAGUGGAAUUUUUCUUCUGUAUCUCUGGUGCGGAGAGUGCUUUGAACAAAUCAUUUCUAUCACUCCACUGGUAAAAAUGCAACGUGUAGCUAUAAAGAGUAAACUGUUCAAUAAGGUUUGCGGUUGAUGCGAUAAUAGUAGAAUAAUAACAGUCGCUUUUUUCCUAUUAUAAGAAAGAAAAGAGCUAUUAUAAAAAAGAAAACAGAUGUUAAUUAGGUUAGUCCGCGAUCAACGAGAUUAUAUCGGUUGUAAGUUUGAAAAUUAUACUAAUUACUGAGUAAUUAUACUAAUUACUGAGAAGUUAUAGCUUGAAUAUAGAAUCAUGAAUACUACCUCAAAGUGUGAAUCAUCUACAUCAAUCCUACAUGCAACACCUCUUAAAAAAAGGAUAAUGAAAAGGGAAAAUAGUCGUAUAGAUAAAAUUGUUGAAAAUAACACGACUGAAAAUAUGGUAAUUGACCAAGAGAUAACAAAUAAUACACAAGAAACAUAUACUCAAUUCAGUCCUACAAAAGAAAAAACUGAUGAAAAAGAUUUAAGAACUAAUGCAGUAUCUGAUAUACCAAUGAACAUAGAAAAUAAAGAAAACAAACAUAAUGAUAAUAUACAAAAUAAUUUAAGAUCACCAAAUAUUUCACCUAUGAAAGUGAACAAUAGGCAUAGUACUCCUAAAAAAACAGAUGAUAUUUUACACAAUUUUGACAAUACAAACUGUAAUAACAAAACUAGUGAUAACUCUGUGAAUGAUAAGAGUGAAUUUUCACUCUGUCUAAGAGAAUUACAAGAUUUAUUAAAAAGUCCACCAACUAAGAAAACAGAAAAGUUAUUACAAUCUGAUAAUAUAGUUUCAACAAGUGAAAAUUUAGAGAAAAACAAUAAAAAUGAUGAUGAUAAACAAUUUUGUGAUACAAUAGAAUCAGAAUUGUGUAAUUCAGAAAAUUUUAAUGUCUUUGAGGCUGUAGAUUUUUUACAUGAUGAUCUGUUAGAUACUGCGUUAAAUGUUGAGGAUACCAAAGCAUCAAAUAUUUUAUUAUCCUCCAUAUCAGAUAUCAAUGCAUUACAGUACAUUGAUGAAGGCUUAGCAGAUUUAAAAGAAGAUCCACUGACAGAUCCCCUACUUAUUAGUGAUCGUGAAGAGAAGGAUAUUGAUACUAAAUUCACAAAUUCAGAUUCCAAACCUCCACUAAGAAAAUCAGUUCGUGUGCAUAAAAGAAUAACUAGUAAUUAUAGUGAUAAUGUUAAAAGGCAUAAACUGAACACCGAAGAGAAACAUAUUUUGAAAGAAUUGGAAAAUAUCGAAGAAGAGGAAUUGCCAUUGAGUGCUAUAAAGCAAUUAGCAUCAUUAUGUAUAAAACAUGUACAUAAAGUACCUCCGCAGCAUAAAGUAGAGGCUACUGGAGCUCAUAAUGCAACAACUGAAGAGAAGAGCUUAUUUCAAAAGUAUGGUCCACUUCGUAAAGGUCCCUAUUCACCUACAGAAGAUACAAUUAUUGCAAAAAACUGGAAUACGUUUUGUAAGCUCCAUAAUUGGAACUCAAAGAACACUGAACCAUUUCUUAAUUGGAGACAUAAUGGGAAAUAUUAUAUACGCGACUUGAGAGAAAGACAGAAAUUCGUUCAAUUCUUAGCAAAUGGAUUACCCUGGCGGACUCUCUUCAGUGUUUAUACCAGAUUUAAAGUCCUAUACCGUAACAAAAUCACUAAUACUCGAUACUCGUCAAAAGAAGAUAAAAAAAUUUUAACAUACAUAAACAAUAAGUAUCUUGACAAACGUGGUACUAAAUAUAUCGAAUUAGCAAAAUUAUUGAGACGAACAAGCCAAUCAGUAUCUAAACGAUAUAGGUAUCUUAAAAGAAUUCAAAGUAGAUCAGUGAAAGAACUAAACGUUAAUUGGACGUUGCCACUUAUCAAAAAGUUUAUAAAGAAAUUACUCAAUAUAACAAAGAUUGUUAAUGUGGAAGAUCUUAAACAUGCUACACUCCCUAUGCCAAUAUGGCAGAAAAUGGAAGAAGAAUUAAAUAUAGACGGAAACGUUUUAAAAGUAUUUUGGCAACAUCAAUUGCAUCUGCAAUUAUUUAGUACAAACCCAAUCUAUUUAAAUGAUAUCAAAAUACAGUUAAUUGAAUAUAUGUAUAAAAAAGGAAUAUCGAAUACUCGUGAGAUUAUAUGGCCUAAUGUAGCAUUAUACUUCGACGGAGCUACAGCAGUAUUUCUCUGCAAGAUCUUCUUUUACCUUGUCCAAGAAUGCGAUAUAAAUGAUACGGAUAAUUUUGCCCAUGUCGUGGAAUACUUAUAUCACAAGAAGAUUCCUGAAAUUAAAGGUGCCCCGACAGAUAAGUUCCUACCUAGAAUUGUAUACAAAGAUGGAAAAAUCGAUGUAUUAAGUUUGGAGGAUGAUACAAAUAAUGUUGAUUAUGGAGCUGAUUGUGAUUCUGAUGACGAUUAAAUGCUCUGUGUAAUAAAUUGCAUGUAUUUAACACUAUAA